AUGUCAUCAAUAGUUUCUGAAGCAACAGAAAAUAAUAAUGAUUUACCAGCUGAUGUUUUCAGUUAUAAUAAUGAUCGAUUUUAUCAAUUUGUUGAAGAAAAAUAUGGUGCUGAUAUUGCUGAAUUAUUAAGUUUUCAGGCAAUUCGAAAUGGAGCACAUCUUUUAAGUCUUAAACUUGCAAUCGAAAAUUUCAUCCAGUUGUUAACAAUGAAACAUGAACAAGAAAAGAGGGAAAAAAAACGAUAUUCAGCUAAACGUUCAUCGUCAAAUGGUAAUACAAUAACAUCCACCAAUGAAACACAAUCACAACUUGAAACAUCUUUACCAGUGUCAACAUUACUUACUCCAUCUUCGAGUGAGAUAUCACCAACACCAUCAAGAUUACCACCAAUACAAAAAAAAUUGAAUGAAAUUGAUCAUAAAAUCGACAUUAAAAAACGAAUUAAUAAAUGGUGGAGCACAAUUAAUAAUGAUGAUUUAUCUUUGGACGAAGGUACGGAUUAUUUUCUGCAUAUGAAUAAAUCGUUAAAUAAUAACACAUUCAUUUGUUUGUUAAUAUGUCAAUAUAAUAAGCGUUUUCAAUUACCAUUUAUUACACCAGGUUUUUUCAAAUUAUCGUCAUUUUAUCGUCACAUCAAAGAAAAACAAUGUUUAAAACUUUCGAAGAUGAAACAUGGAGAAGAAAAUGAUACAAAUAUUAAUGAAAAUUCAACUACAAGUGAAUCAAAUAUAUCAAGCUCUUCUUCGGAUUCAUUAAUUACUGUAUCAAACAAGAACAAGACGUCAACCCGUGCAGGGUCGAAACGAUUUCGAUCACCAUCAAUAAAAGAAUCUUCAAAAAUUAAGAAAUUAAAUUAUUUAAAAAAAGCACUUGGAUUUGUGUCAGUUGAUGGAAAUUUCCAUCUUCGACUAGGUUUUCGAAAUUUACUUGAACGUUUAUUAUUAUUAAAUAAAUUUAGUUAUGAUAUUCAUAUUCAACAGUUUGCUUUAUUAUUGUUUAUUCUUGGUGGAAGAAAUUGUUACGAAUUUCUUCGAUUAAAUUUACCUGGUGCAUUACCUCAUAAUAUAUCUAAUUUAGAAUUAUUAAUGAGAAACCAGGAAGUGAGAAUAAUUGAAUGUGAAUUUCGAUUUAAAUUGUUAAAAGAAUACUCACAAUCAAAUAAUUGUAAUUAUAUAUUUUCUUCUGAAGAUUGUACCAGUUGUAUUUGUCAUAUUGAUUAUGAUGUACAAUUAAAUUCUUUCAUUGGAUUUGCAUCACCUUUAAUUGAUGGAAUGCCACAACCAAAUUUUUUCCGAACAGAAAAUUUCGAAGAAUUAAAAAUGUGGUUUAAUAAUUGUAAUAAAUCAAAAUUUAUUAACAUUCAUAUGAUACAGACAGUAGUACCAUCAGCUUCACCAUUUAUUUUGUCGGCUUUCGGGUCAGACAACAAAUUCACAGCAACGGAUGUUUUAAAGAGAUGGUUAUAUAUCUACAAUCAGUGUUUAUUGCAGGAUAUACGUGUAAUAGGUUUUAGUUCUGAUGGUGAUCCACGUUGUCUCAAAACAAUGAGAUUAUGUACUCGAUUUUUUGCUGAAUUACCUAAUUUAAAUCUUUAUAAAUAUAAUGAUAAUUUUAAUAUAAAAAUACCAGAGCAAUGGUCAUGGUUUUUUAUGAAAGACCAACAAAUUUUGCUUUUUAUGCAAGACCCGCCGCAUAUCGCAACAAAAUUUCGAAAUAGACUUCUUUCUGAAGUAGCAUUGAUGAAGAUGGGUGAUUAUUCAAUUGAUAUUCAACACUUGAUGAACUUAAUUGAAUUAAACAAUAAACUUGAACAUAAUUUAAUUAAAUGUGAUAAUGACAAAGAAAUAAAUAAUUAUUCGAUAAAUCCUAUUAAACAAUUGAAUUUAACAGAAUCUGAUAUUGAAAAGCUUAUAGAAAAUGCAUUUGAAUUAGCUAAAAAAUAUGUUGCAGUGGUCAAUAUGACCAAGUUAUUAAUUAAUAAAAACAUAUACACAUUACCUGAAUUAAGUCGUUAUAUAAAAACUAAUACAAGUAAAUCAUCGUCGAAAGUAGUAGAUAAUACAGAAGGUAUUAAUCUUGAUCAAGAUAGUGAUGAUGAUGAAUUGAAAGAUGAAAUAAAUGAUUCAGAAAUACUUGAUGAUGAACAUCGAUUAUCUACUAAUAGUACUGAUGAUGAUGAUGAUGAUGAUGAUGAAGGUAACAUUCUGGCAAGUGAUCUUUCUGAUGUAGAACGACAGAAUUUUCACGGCUGUCGAAUAUACGACAUAAUCAAUCCGCAACAUGCCAAAAAAUAUGUUCGUAUUCGAAUAGGUACAUCAUUAAAAUAUUUACAUAAACAAACGGCAUGCUGA